UCUGGAUACGAGCGAGAACUCGGUGUAGUUUGUCCGAAAUUAAAAUAAAUUGUAUUGUCUUUUUUUUGUUUUGUUUAGUUUAAAGACUAUUGUUAAAUGGCGUCCAAGUUUGACAGCCACUAAUAGCCGAACACAUACGAGAGAAGAUUAAAUCUCUGUCUCCUGUGAUUUUGUCGGAGCCGCGGGGAACAUGGAGAAAUUGUGGUCGUUGCUCCUUUUUUCCGCAGCAGCGACAUUCAGUCUGGCGAGUGCUGUCUGCCCAGUGGUGUGCGAGUGCCCCGGUGGGGCUCCCACCUGCCCGCCUGGGGUCAGUGCGGUCGUGGACGGCUGCGGCUGCUGCAAGGUCUGCGCGGCGCAGCUGAACCAGGACUGCCACGCCAUGCGGCCCUGCGACCACCACAAGGGCCUGGAGUGUAACUACGGCAACGAUGUCACUCGCUCCUGGGGCAUCUGCAGAGCGAGGCUCGAGGGUCGCACGUGUGAGUACAGCGGGCGGGUGUACCAGAACGGGGAAAGCUUUCAGGCUGGCUGCCAGCACCAGUGCGCCUGCAUCGACGGGGCCGUGGGCUGCUCGCCACUUUGCCCCGCCGACAUCCCGCUUGCCUCCCCCUCGUGCCCCGUCCCGCGCCUCGUCAAAGUGCCGGGCCGGUGUUGCCCCAGACUUGACUGCCGCAAAGGGACUCUGGCUCUGCCCCCAUUACCCUGGGGCCCUCAGCUUUACCCAUACAAGCCAGAUAAGAACUCGGACAAUGAGUUGGUGGCAGUGGGCAAGAAGUGGAACGUGAAGCGUGGGCACAAACACUUGGCUGCGCUGAGGCAGGAUUCUCGGGAAUGCGUUGUCCAAACUACAGACUGGUCCUUGUGCUCUCGCACCUGUGGCAUGGGCGUGUCCACCCGAGUGACCAACGACAACGCCAGGUGCAAACUGGUGAAGGAGACGCGCCUGUGCAACAUCCGACCCUGCAGCUCUGUGGCUUUUCCGCUCAAGGUUGGUCAUUUAAACCCCAAACUAACCCUGCUUCCACGGACUCAGCUCAGCUCAGCGCGAUGUGCGAUAGACAGAUCCUUCCAUCCCGCCCCACGCUAUCGGAUCUGCUCGAGAAAGGGAAGAAGUGCUCUCGCACCCACAAGCCCUCCGAGCCGCUGCGCCUGUCCUACGCCGGUUGUCGCAGCGCCCGCUUCUACCGGCCCAACUACUGCGGACUGUGCGUGGACGGCCGCUGCUGCUCACCGUGGCGCACGCGCAACCUGGCGGUGCUUUUCGUGUGCCCCGAUGGAGAUCGCUUUGAGCGGACCGUCAUGUUCGUGCGCUCCUGCAAGUGCGGCGACGAGUGCGGGCAUCUCAACGAGGCUGCCCUCACGCCCCAGCGCUGGCUCUACGGCGACACGCACAAGUUCAUCGACUAGCGAUCCCUCCGCCUUAGAACUGACAUAGCUCGUGAAGAAAGAACUGGUUUUGUGUAGACUUAGAUGAAUCAUUUUAGUUAAUGUGGCUAAAGUGAAAACGGGGAUUCGUUUCGUUUGACGGGAGCGACCGAUGUAUCCGGGACAAUGACCUGCAGUCCUGCAGUGUACACAGGACAUGUGUUCUAAAGCCUAAUGGGACAGCAGAACGUCUGUUUUAGGGAACUGUUCAGAACUCAGGGUCAUUUUGAUUUGAACAGCAGCAAAAAAACUGAUACGAAGCAGGCCGGGAACAUGGGAAAUCGGACAACGUGCUGACCCAAAGGACUAAGUGUGGUCGGUUAAAGACUCAGUAAGACGUUAAGGGAUUCGUCUGUAUUAGGACUAAGUGUAAGGGAGAGCGUGACAAAGCUCAUGGAAAAGUAAAGAGACACACCCGUGUGGGCUGGUUGGAUUAAGAGGAACCGCUCGUCCAUCGAUGAUGGGCCAUGUUUGCUCUUGCGCUCUUUAGGCCUGACCGUGAACUGGGACUCUACCAAGCGUCUAUAUGGACAAAAGCCCACUGGUAUUGUGAGGUGUGGAGAUGUUCAGGACACUAAGAGGAGGUGGAAUAUUGGCCUCAACAGGGAGACAAAUGAGUUAGAGCUUGGAAUGGUGCAUUUCAUGGUUCUUACACAAUGCCUGGUGUAGUGAUGCACUAGUGACAUGCUAGUGCCUUUUGUGGGGGCUGAAGGCCAUGAAACAAAGGUAAUGGCAAAGGGCCCUCUGCAGUGUAAAAAUCGAGCAGAUGUGGGAAACCUGUCCCACCCCGUUCUUGUCUGCAGUCUAGGAAUGAAGGCACAGUCCCUCCUUUAGCAGACAUUUUGGAAUCGCUCUGCAUCACAGUUCUGUUUUUGUAAGGUUGUUCGUGUUAACAUUUGCCUGUAGUGGCUUGUAGACAGUGGCAAUUUAGAAAAAUGCUGAUUGCAGAAAAUGCCACCUCUUUAUGCAUUUACCUUCCGUCGGUUUUUCUGGAACACGAGUUUUAGAAAAUGCAUAAUUUUUGCACGAGUCUUACAGGUCUUAUGCUUUUAAAAUUUGCUGUGCUGCAGCAGCAAGUUAUGAACUUUCUUCUAUGGCUUCUUUUUGGGAGCUACCUUUUUUUUUAUCACAUUCAGCUGACAUUUGUAACAAAUGUUCUAAGUUUGUGUUCACUUUUCAACCAUUUACUCUGUGCUUAUUUCACAGCGGUUUGUAGUUCAGCCCGUGCACUGUUGUUUAGGACAGUCUUGAGUAGGAUUCGCACUCCACCGCACUGGGUUUGGCAGCUAUGCAUUAUUUGUAUCUUUACGCAUCUUUAUGCAUCAAACUGCUUCUGGGAACAGCGGUUCAGUAAUUGGAUAAGAGAAUUUAUAUGAACAUUUAAUCAGGGUUUAUUCCAGCCUAUUGAACAGUUUCAGCUUGUACCAAACGAAGUGUAAAACCUGAGUUUGAGCAGUGUCUAAUAAAGAACACCAAAGUGGGGAAAAAAUGUCCU